AUGGAUCACUCCUUCGACAAGACACAUCGUGAACAAGAACAAGAACCAGUUUUCAUCGACUACUUCCUUGACGAUCCCGAGCAAUUGGGCUCGACACCACCACCCUUGGGCCAGACGCCGGUCUUCAGCACCGCAGGGAGUGCCGUCGAUCACCUACAGGGGGGUUGUGUCCGCCAUGGUGGCGGCGACCACGCCAUGCCCGUCGGCCAUCGUACGACCCCAACCUCAGCCCACCCACCACUACCACCACCACCACUACCACCACACCUGGCCACUGAGCCACGACCCCAGAACCACCAACAAGCACGACACGAACGGUUGAUCCCCGAGCCGCUGUUCCGCGGGCACCACCUGCAGUCGCCGAUUUUCGGGAGCGGGCUGCAUGUCAAUGCCCCUGCUGGCACCGCUCCAUCGGCGAUCCAGUCCCAUCACGACGACUGGGCGUUGCCCGACUUCAGCGCCGGCUCUCUUGCUUUCCCUUCCCCAGCCGAGGCGUUCCUGGAGCCGCCAGUGGGCGCGACCAAUGUCAUCGACUUUGGCCUCGGCGGCGCCACCACAAACCACCAUGACUACACGGACAACAUCACGCCACUUCCGAGCGCCGCGAGCCAUGCGAGAACGACACUCGACCACUUUGACUUUGACUUUGCCUUUCCCUCGCCGUCAUGGGGCCCCAGCCUGGAUGAUGCCAUGUCUUCUUCGCUCGCCGUCGCUGUCGGAGCAGGGACCACGUCCCAUCCUCGCAGCGCCAUGGACGACGAGAGCGACCACAGGGAUACCUUCUGGGCCGACGAAGACUCAUCCUCCGUUGGCGGCCGCCCAUCGCCUUCGACAGCCGCCCGCAGGCGCCUCCCAAAGGGCAAGCACCGCGCCGACUCGCUCGACGGCGCCAGCAGCAGCAUCUUCAGCACCGGCACCGACGACACGGGCGGUUCCCACGCCGCCGGUGCCGCCGAUCUGAGCCCCGGUCUGCUCCCGCACGCAGGCCACGGGUCCGGAUUCAGCCCCAGCCCCGGCACCAUCGUCAAGACGGAGUCCUCCCACCACCCCGGGGCUACCGCCGCCGGCCGCCGCCGUCGCAGCAGCAGAGCCAAGUCGGUCGCGACGACCGCCUCGGCCUCAUCCUCCAACGCCACACCGCCGUCGUCCGACACGCGCGCCCCCAAAAAGGCCGCCGCGGCAGCCACGGCCGCCCGCCUGCGCAGUGCCUCGCGCGCCUCCAAAAACGCCGCCCGCCGCCCGGCCGAGUCGGCCGAGGAGCGCCGCACCCGCGCCUCGCACAACCUCGUCGAGAAGCAGUACCGCUCCCGUCUCAACGCCCAGUUCGAGGGCCUCCUCAACGCUCUGCCCGAGCUGCCUGCGGCCGCCUCGCAGCAACAACCGCAGCAGCAACAGCAACCGCAGCAGCCGGCAGCGGCGGAUACGGCCGAAGACCAGGCGGAGCGGCGCGUCAGCAAGGCCGAGGUGCUCGAGCGAGCGCGCCUGCACAUCGAGGCCCUCGAGCGCGAGAGGGAGGCGCUGCGGCGCGAGAGGGAAGAGCUGCUGCGGAACCUGGCCGACAUGGAGCAGGACGUCAGCGUGCGCAUGGGCGAGGGGGCCUUUGGCGACAGCCUCCGCGAGUCGCCCGCCACAGAGGAGGACGAGGCCGAGGGGCAGGCCGAGCGGGAGGACAAGUGA